AUGUGCACCAGCAGCCAGAUCAUCGGGAGCCUUCUGGUGCUAUCUGUGCUGGAGAUAGGGCUGGGAGCCUCUAGCGUGGCCGUGGGGGCAGUCAGCUUCAGCUUCGUUCUUGCGGGUUCUGAGCGUUCAACUCAGCUGGGAGACUCUUCUCCGUUUUUGCUUUGUGGAGUAUGUGGAAUAUUUUGUGCCAAAAAAAAGUCAGGACUUAUUAUGAUACUUUUCUCUGCUUGCUGUAUCUGUGGGCUAAUUGGAGGAAUAUUAAACUUCCAGUUUCUUCGAGCUCUAACAAAGAAAUCCUCAGCUCUCUAUCCACUGCACCUUACCUCCAUGUCUCUAGCAUGCAUAGGAAUUGCUGGUUGUACUCUUUCUUCAUGGCUAACUUGCCGACUAGCCAGCUAUGAACAAAGAAGAAUGUUUUCAGAAAGAGAACAUUCAUUACAUCACUCUCACGAAAUGGCUGAAAAAAGAUUAAGGGGUAUUGAAAUAAUCGAACUGCCCAGCUGCCCAGUGAUACCCCCAACACCAGAAUUACCUCCAAGCAGACAGGUGUCUACAUCACCACACCCUCGCCUCAAUCAACAUUAUCUGGCACCUUAUCUGGAAAUCCCAGCUGAGUCCAAGGAAAUGACAGAUAACAUGUGUAAUGGAGGACCACACCUAAUUUAUAAUGGAAGAGCAUACUGA